CUAUGCGGUUUGUUAAUACGCUACAUUCCGGUAUAUUUAUCGCUCAUGUGUGAUCCCGAACAAACAAAUAUUGUGUGAUCGUGAGUUAUAUUUAGAUAAGAAAUACGUACAUAAGUUUUGUUAAGUAUAUAUUGAAAAACAACAACAGUACAGUUUAACAUUACCAUACAGAAUGCUUCGAAUAAUUUUAUUGCUGUAUGCGUUAGUUGCGGUGCAAUGCGAUAUUAUCAGGGUUCCUUUGCAUAAAAUACCUUCUGCGCGUAAAACAUUGAAAGAAGUUGGAACAGAAGUCAAACAACUGAGGGUUCGUUAUGGAGGAAGUCCUGUACCCGAGCCUCUGUCAAACUAUUUAGAUGCACAAUAUUUUGGUCCUAUUACGCUUGGUACACCACCACAAUCGUUUAAGGUUGUUUUCGACACAGGUUCCUCUAAUCUGUGGGUACCCUCCAAAAAAUGCCAUUUUACAAAUAUAGCUUGCCUGUUACAUAAUAAAUAUGACGCUACCAAAUCUAGCACCUACAAGAAAAAUGGAACAGAAUUCAAGAUUCAAUACGGAUCGGGAAGCCUUAGCGGUUAUUUAUCAACUGACACUUUGGGAAUUGGUGACGUGAAUGUAAAGAAACAAACUUUUGCUGAAGCAAUAAGCGAACCGGGUCUAACAUUUGUGGCAGCGAAAUUUGACGGGAUUUUAGGAUUAGGUUACAGCAGAAUAUCAGUAGAUGGCGUCACACCACCAUUUUAUAACAUGGUACAGCAGGGGCUCAUUUCGCAAGCAGUAUUCUCAUUUUACUUGAAUAGAGAUCCCAAUGCUGAUAUAGGCGGUGAAAUCAUAUUCGGAGGUUCUGAUCCGCAACACUAUAAAGGGCAAUUUAAUUAUCUUUCUGUGGAUAGACAAGCCUAUUGGCAAUUUAGAAUGGAUUCUAUUAAAGUUGGGUCCCAAUUAUUCUGUAAAAAGGGCUGUGAAGCGAUUGCCGAUACUGGUACCAGUUUAAUAGCUGGCCCUGUUGAUGAAGUUAAAGCUAUUAAUAAGGCUAUUGGUGCGACACCAUUUGUUGGUGGGGAAUCUAUAGUAGACUGUAAUCUAAUUCCGAAAUUACCUGUGAUAAAGUUCGUUUUAAAUGGAACAUCUUAUGCACUGACUGGAAAGGACUACACUUUGCAGGUGUCACAAAUGGGAAAAACAAUUUGUCUUUCCGGUUUCAUGGGCAUUGACAUACCACCUCCAAAUGGCCCCCUAUGGAUUCUAGGGGAUGUUUUCAUUGGCAGAUAUUACACUGAAUUUGACUUGGAAAAUAACCGUGUCGGUUUUGCUGAAGCUGCUUAAACCAAAUAUUUUUCUUGAUAUUGUUUAGUUUAGUUAUUAUCUAUAAGUGAGAACUGCACUCUUUUUUUGGUCUGAUAUUUUUACGAAAUUCCAACGCAUUCGCCAUUGGAGGGACUGCAAACAAUUUACUUCUGUGUAUUUAUGGAAUUUGGAGUAUCAGAUAAAGUUGCAUUGUGAUAGUCUGUUCUAGUAGUAUGUUAACCUCAUCCCUAUUUCAAACUGCAAAGUUUGUUUGUAGUAUUUUCUUACAUUUUGUAGUUAUCGUUGUGAGUUGGCAAUUUGGAAGUUAAAUAAAUGUUGUGUUUUUUGAUAAA